UGUCUCACUUACUUUGUAUGAUACUCUCUAGGUCCAUCCAAGGGAGGCAGCUUUUGAGGUUGCUUUGGAAGCAUUAGUUUAAAAAAAUUAAAAAGCAUAGCUACUCAUUUGGAAUUCUUGCAAGUUUCUAUAUAAGGCAUAAGAGUAUUUAUACCACUUUUUGAGGUUUAGGCUAAAACUCUUCUUCAAAGUACUUAAGAUUGAAUGUGCUCAUGCAAAUGAUGACUACAGCAGUUGAACAGCAGGGAUGCUAAUUCAGGUUUUGAACACAUUGGAGAACCUGGUGCAUUUACAUAGGGUCCUGUUGCUCUUUGGAGCACUGGGCCUUGGGUAAUAUGGACUAGACCUUAGAGGCUUAGCUUGAGGUGGGGGUGAUGCUGGCCUCCUCACCAUUUGUCACAGCUCAGGUCACUGUGGAGACGGAUGGCUGCUUCCUAAAGUCUUAACACCAGAGCCCUAGGACUCUGUUGUUUAUUUUCUUCUCCAGUAAGUCAUGUUUACUCAUGAUGGAAAGUUACAUGCCUAAAAUAAAAGAAAACAAGUUGCAACUCCUAAUAGUCUGAGGCUGGUGUGUCAACGGCACCUGCCUCUGUUGUUUUUCUGUGCCUGCCUUGCCUCCGCUGGUCAGGUUGAAGGAAGCAACCUGGUAAGAACUGGCUGUUCCCUCUCUGGAACAGAUACUGUAUCGAUGCAGUUCACUGUCCUGGAGUAAACAGCUUCCCUACGAAUCCUCUGACAGGAGUGGAAACAAUGUCUGUCAGUGUGCAUGAGAACCGCAAGUCCAGGGCCAGCAGUGGCUCCAUCAACAUCUACCUGUUCCACAAGUCCUCCUACGCGGACAGUGUCCUCACCCACCUGAACCUGUUACGCCAGCAGCGCCUCUUCACUGACGUCCUUCUCCACGCGGGCAACAGGACCUUCCCCUGUCACCGGGCCGUGCUGGCCGCUUGCAGCCGCUACUUCGAAGCCAUGUUCAGCGGGGGCCUGAAAGAGAGCCAGGACAGUGAAGUCAACUUCGACAACUCCAUCCACCCGGAAGUCUUGGAGCUGCUCCUCGACUACGCCUACUCCUCCCGGGUCAUCAUCAAUGAAGAAAAUGCAGAAUCGCUCCUGGAAGCCGGCGACAUGCUGGAGUUUCAGGACAUCCGGGACGCGUGUGCCGAGUUCCUGGAAAAGAACCUGCACCCCACCAACUGCCUGGGCAUGCUGCUGCUGUCCGACGCGCACCAGUGCACCAAGCUCUACGAGCUCUCCUGGCGGAUGUGUCUCAGCAACUUCCAGACCAUCAGGAAGAACGAAGAUUUCCUGCAGCUGCCUCAGGACAUGGUAGUGCAGCUCUUGUCCAGUGAAGAGCUGGAGACCGAAGACGAAAGGCUUGUGUAUGAGUCUGCAAUUAACUGGAUCAGCUACGACCUGAAGAAGCGCUACUGCUACCUCCCAGAGCUGUUGCAGACGGUGCGGCUGGCGCUGCUGCCGGCCAUCUAUCUCAUGGAGAACGUGGCCAUGGAAGAGCUCAUCACCAAGCAGAGGAAGAGCAAGGAGAUCGUGGAAGAGGCCAUCAGGUGCAAACUGAAAAUCCUGCAGAAUGACGGCGUGGUGACCAGCCUCUGUGCCCGGCCCCGGAAAACUGGCCAUGCCCUCUUCCUCUUGGGAGGACAGACUUUUAUGUGUGACAAACUGUAUCUGGUCGACCAGAAGGCCAAAGAGAUCAUCCCCAAGGCUGAUAUCCCAAGCCCGAGAAAAGAGUUCAGUGCGUGUGCAAUCGGCUGUAAAGUUUACAUCACUGGGGGGCGAGGGUCUGAGAAUGGAGUCUCGAAGGACGUCUGGGUGUACGACACCCUGCAUGAAGAGUGGUCCAAGGCGGCCCCCAUGCUGGUGGCCAGGUUCGGCCACGGCUCUGCUGAGCUGAAGCACUGCCUCUAUGUGGUCGGCGGGCACACUGCCGCCACCGGCUGCCUCCCAGCCUCCCCCUCAGUCUCUCUGAAGCAAGUGGAACAUUACGACCCCACAACCAACAAAUGGACCAUGGUGGCUCCCCUCCGAGAAGGGGUCAGCAACGCCGCGGUGGUGAGUGCCAAGCUCAAGCUGUUUGCUUUUGGGGGUACCAGCGUCAGUCAUGACAAGCUCCCCAAAGUUCAGUGUUAUGAUCAGUGUGAGAACAGGUGGACGGUCCCGGCCACCUGUCCCCAGCCCUGGCGUUACACGGCGGCAGCUGUGCUGGGUAACCAGAUUUUUAUUAUGGGGGGAGACACCGAGUUCUCCGCCUGCUCUGCAUAUAAAUUCAACAGCGAGACUUACCAGUGGACCAAGGUGGGAGACGUGACGGCAAAGCGCAUGAGCUGCCAUGCCGUGGCCUCCGGAAACAAACUCUACGUGGUUGGAGGGUACUUUGGCAUUCAGCGAUGCAAAACUCUGGACUGCUACGACCCAACGUUGGAUGCGUGGAACAGCAUCACCACAGUCCCGUACUCACUGAUCCCUACUGCAUUUGUCAGCACCUGGAAACAUCUGCCUUCUUAAAUGCCUUGCAUCCUGGAGAGAGUGAGCAUGAGCUGACUCCAUCCCUCGAUGAGACAAGAUGUGAUUUCUACUUUAGAGAGGCCAAACUGAAUGAAAGACAAGAAAAAGGAAAAGAAGUUGCUACAAGACUCGCAUCCAAUCCACUGCACCUUGUAAAUGCUUCAAACUGGACAUGAAGGAAGGGGGUGGGGGAGGGGGUGGGAUUUUCAGUGCAAGUAGCACAUGGUUUAAAUAUGAAUGAACAAACCUGUGAUCUAGUCCUUGUCUUGUAAUUGUGGAUUAAUGUCAGCAUUAAUCAGCUUCUCAAAGGGAGAGAAAAGCCAGCCCUUUUUCCUUGCUGUACCAUAUUCAGCAUUUGAUUUUCCAUGGGUUCCACCACUUAUGUGUAAAAUUUGAAAUGGUUGUCACCUCUCUCUGAGGAGCAAGCUUGAAGCCUCCACACCAGCUGCUGUUGGAGAUUUGAAAACCCGACUGUGGGGCCAGGAGGGGAGCUGGCUGGGCUGGCUGCAGAAGUGAGGACCGCUGGACUCCACGCUAAUCUCCCAGGGCUGUGCUCCCCAGAAAUGCUUCUGAACAAUGGGGACAUUGUUGGUAGCUGUUUGCUAGAUGUUCUUUUCUAUUUAUAAGUGACUUUAAACUUUCCCUUGGCUGGUAAGAAAUGUGUUGUAGAUUUAGCUAUUUAUUGUUUGACUCCUGCAUGCUGAAACAGUGCUUAUAGUUGUCUUCACGUGUAUGGACGCGUGUGAAUGGUUGUACGUUUUGCACAAUUUUGUGACCGUUGUGAAGUGCUCUGAUGCACAAAAGUGAAAACUUCGGCGUUACAAUUAGGGGUAUAACUGGAGGGUGGGUUGGGCAGGGUUGGGGGCGGGCGGAUUUUGUAAAUGUCAAGACAGGGAAAGAUUACAAAAUAGAAACUUAAAGUUACAUCCUAGAGGUAGGGAAAGCAUGAAGGUCAUUUUUUUCUUAAACUUAAGUCAACUUUGGGGUUUCGUGGGCUCUGGUCAUGCUGGUGGCUCCUGGGGCAAGGGAAGCCUUCUUUCUGUCCUUCCCAUCCCUCUUUGAUUUACUUGCUUCUGUCUCAGCUAUUGAAGUUUGGAAAGGACCAAAUCACUUGGCGGUUUUUUUUUUCCCCCCCUUUGUGUGAUAUCCUGGAAUCCUGGAAAUUCUAUGGACUAGUUCUGUAUAUAGGGCACAGGUAAAGGCAUUGUCCAAAGUUUAUUUAUUUAUUUAUUACCCAGUGAGAAUGCUUGGCCAUAAUCCCAGUUAAAACAGAACUCUCACCGACAGAAAUUAAUUCACUCAUCAGAUUUGCUUGACCAAGACUGAUCGUUCUCUCUUCCUGCUGUAGCAUUUAGCAAGUGCUAGAAGUUCUCCAAGGCGAUAUUCAGAGGGGUAGAGUGUAUACUUCAGUGCUCUUAGGUAAUUCUCUGAAAGAACUCCUUGGUGCACAAAAGUGACACAUAUGGCCCCACAAACACCAGAGAAUUGUAAGCAGUGGCCCCCGCUGAGAGGCCUCCCUGGAGAGCUGGGAAUGGGUUGUGAAUACAUUCUUUGCUAGUUCCAUGCUUGUUUGCUAAACAUGUGCCGUGAUAGGUAUUAGCGGUAGACUCAUAGGUGCUUCCUUGCAAGUGUCCGGGGAAGCCCAGCAUUUGCAACUCACACUGCUUCCAUUGCUGUUUCUCAUAAUAUUGUAUCUUAGAAAAUAGGGUUUAAGACCGAUAACCUUUGACAUUGUGUGUUUGCAUUGUCUAAUGACAGAUAAAUCCCUCACAUUUCUCUCCACCUGAAUACAUUAGACUAAUUGUACAUGUCUGUCCGUGCCGUGAAUAAGUGGGCUAUAGUCGGACCAAAAUAAAUGAGCCAUUGAAAUCAAAGGGAGGGUCUCAAUACUUUCCAGCAGUCAGUCCCUCGCUCUUAGAUGUGUUCUAAGCAAUGCAAAUGUCUGAUUGUACCCUGGCAGUAUAUUGUAGCAGUUAUAGCUCCGUAGUUUGUGAUGCAAAUCUGGCAAGAUGUGGGUGUCGCUACGUGGCUUUUGAGAGCAGGGUGAAUUUUCUGCAGCUGUUUCGAAGUUGCGGUCUGCCCUUGAAUCCUCUAUUAAUUGCAGUGUGUGAGCCAGAGGGACCGGUGGUCAGGGUGGGCCCGCAGCCUGCAGGGAACUUUCUGGAGUCCUGCUCUUUGAAUUGACAGAGGCAUUUGGGCUCACUGCUUGACCAUUCUCACCCUGUGAAAUGUCCUACACUUUGAAGCAAAUACAAUUCCCCGCACAGCGCACACAAAAACCUUGGCAUAAGACAGAGAAGGUUCUUCUUAUUCUGUGGACUGGUUGCUGUGGAAACGGAUAACAAAGGGUAGCCUUCCACUUCUGGUAUAAUUGUGUAGACCCCUUUUCUCUGGGCUUGACACCUGUCUGAAUAAGAAUGAUUAGAGCUGAAUAAUAUCCCUCUCUUGACUAUUUUGAGUAUGUGGUUCACGUACAAAACUGUAAGUUGAAGAAGUAAAGUGUUCGUGUUCAUAUAUACUUGUUUGCUACUGCAUUUUUGAGGUUUUGUAAAACUGUUAUUUUUUUUUUUUCACAAUGUGAAACUGAAGGUCAAAUAAAUUAUUAGAGAUUUUCUCUUCA